GUGUCUCGCGAAAGCAUUAAAAAAAGCACAAACUUCUGUGUUACUACCUUGUCGUCAGCUAAGCUUUUCAAAGUUUGUUAUAGCUAUGUUACUAACCACACCUCGGCGUUGCAUGCUUUCUUUGAAACUUCACCAGCCACACUUGGAUGCUACGCGCUUCUUCUUCUUCUCGAUGUUUUUCAUGCACUCAAUGACGUCGCGCAUGUCCCAAAAAGCUUGGUGUCCUAAAAAGCUCAGUAAUUGAGUGAAAAUCUGUUCUGAAUCGAAAAACGAAAACUCUCCAGCACGAACAAUAAAAAACGAGGCAUCGCAACGAGUGUCACGAGCGCAAUAAUUUACCACAACCUCGUCUCCGACAUGCUUGCGGUAUGCGUAGAACCGACUUCGUUGUCGUACUUAUCCUGCCGUAGUCUUUAUAUUAAACAGUCGACAUCGUGCGCAACAUCGACAACUUUUAAACAAAAUAACACGAAAGGUGAAAUGUAGAAAUCAGUUCAAAUCGCGACGUUUCAGCGUACGGAUGCGACUAUAAUAUUUGCGCGCGAAGGAAACACGUUUAUUUCCCUCAGAUAAAUAUAACAGAAUUGCCGAUUAUAAAAUCCACUAGUGUAGAAUUCCGCAUGAUUUGACCGAGCAGCUUGGCAAGUUGUGCGCCAAACUGAUUUUAUGUGAAAUAUUUCGACAACUAAGUGGUUCUUAGUGGUGUGUGAGUGUAUAUUAGGCAAUCAUUUUUGCAAACAUUGGCGGAAACGGAAGUGCCAACCAACCUCCUUCAAUUGCCGUGGUCCAAAUACUGCAAUUUCGGUAGCUAGUGACGGUCGAGGAGCUCACAUACACGGGAAUUCCAUGUGUCGUUCUUGUGUGCGUCGCGUUUCGCAAUCGCUUUCGGUGAAUUCACGUUAAUGAUUCGUGGGUCGGUCGGUCGACUGGUCGGUGUUUGCAUCGGUCAAACCCAUUAAACGAUAUACGACUUUCGAUGGCAAGAAAGUCCACUUGUGUUAUGUGUGUGUGUACAUUUUAUCAGCCACUAACAAAGUCAAGCAAAGUUAUUAAAUAGGCGAUCAAAGGUGCCACCUGCUCACUGCGAACGGAUUUCGGCCUUGCAGACUCACAUUCGGGGCACACAACUAAGAAGGUGUGGGUGUCUACUGGAGAUCUAACCUCAACGUCAGCUAUAUAAGUAAAAGAGGAACGGACAACAAUAAUGUUUGUGUAAGCGAAAUAAAUGAAAUUAAUGCGCUCAUGGCAAAUGACAAAUCGGAAAACAAAGUACAAAGACUAGAUCCGGUUUGGAUCCACAGCUUUUAAGUAUUUGCCUUCCGCUCAUUCAUGAACAUAAGCAUAUAUGCGAGAGAGUUGACUUCGGUUGAAAAAUUUACAACAUUAUUGUGGGGAUUAAAAAGUGUAAUUCGCCGCCGAAUAAUAAAUCCCAGCAUUCGGUGAAUUAAUAAUACAUAUAUGUGUCCAUGUGUGUGUGUUUAAUUUAAUAUCGGAAAAAAUAGAAACGUUUACACUUCCGGUGCAAUUGAAUUCGACAAAGCCGACAAAUAGCUGAACAACAACAAAAGCAAGAUGGCAGCGAAAAACUGCAUUUGGACAUAUUUGCUUGCUCUGCCGCUGCUGUUGGCGACCACGGAGGCGCGAAUCGGCUACUUUUGGCACAUCACAGACUUGCACUUGGACACAUUCUACUCAACACAAGGCGACGUUAUGCACAGUUGCUGGCGCAUCGACGGUCAAUCGCCAAGUAGUCCCAUUCGCUCUCCCGGCCGUUUUGGCGAUUACUUCUGCGAUAGUCCUUGGAGUCUAAUUGAGUCGGCAGCGAAGGCGAUGAAGACACGGCAGGGCGACAAUGUCGAGUUCGUCCUGUGGACAGGGGAUGGUUUGUCGCAUUCAGCCUUGAAGGAGUCGGACACAAAGCGGCUGGAGAUCCUUCGCAACAUCACCGAUUUGCUGGGCCGCACUUUCUCGUCGCAGUUCGUGUUCCCAGUGCUCGGUCACGAGGAUGGCACCACAAACUUUCGACACUUGGGCGAACUCUGGCGGCACUGGCUGCCAUCGGAAGCAUUGCAUACGUUUGAGAAGGGUGGCUACUACUCCAUUGAGCAGACGAAGAGUCGCCUGCGUAUAAUUGCGCUGAACACCAACUUCAUGCGGCACGAUCACAAAACCCCGCCCAGUCACCUGGCGGCCGUGCGACAGCGCACACCCAUCGCAGGGGGCAGCGGCGGAGAUUCCGAGUAUAAGACCUACUACUACCAUCACGGCUCCAUACACCAACACCAUGGACAUUCGUCGAGCGAUUGGAUGUCUCAUGGCGGCGGCUACGGUGGUUACAGUGGCGGCCAUCAUCGCGGCAUGAACGCCAUACCAGCCCUGAGUGUGGGUGAUGGCGAGGGACGCGUCAGUGCGCUCUCCGAGUAUGAGACUCAGGAUGCAGAGAAACAAUGGCUUUGGCUGGAGGACGAGCUCAUCAAGUCGAAGAACAACAAAGAAACGGCCUACAUUGUCGGACAUAUUCCGCCCGGCUCGGACGAACGCCACAUCGGUUUGCAGCAAAAUGGCCGCACCACAUUCACCGAAACAAACAACAAACGCUACCUGGAGUUGGUGCGAAAAUAUUCAUCAAUCAUUCAGGGACAGUUCUUCGGUCACCUGCAUUCGGAUUCCUUCCGCAUCAUUUAUGACGACAAUGGGAAACCGGUUUCGUGGAUGAUGAUUUCGCCAUCUGUGACGCCAAGGAAGCUGAAUGUGGGUUCAAAUAAUCCGGCAAUGCGUCUCUACAAGUUCGACACGGACUCCGGCCAGGUUCUGGACUACACGCAGUACUUCAUGGAUUUGCAAUUGGCGAAUCAGGUGGGCGAGCCCAACUGGCUUCCGGAGUACAAUCUCACCCAUUACUACGCGCUCAGUGAUAUAUCGGCGAUUUCUCUGCACAAUUUCGUGGAUCGUUUCACAAGCGGCGACGGCACCUGGUUUGGCAAAUAUUCGCGCGCCAACACCGUCCGCUACCAGUCCGACUCCUGCGAGGGCGUUUGCAUGCUGAACCAUUAUUGCGCCAUAACGCGUGUGGACUACAAAGAGUUCCGCCAGUGCCUGGAGAAGGAGCAGAGCGCACUGCGUUCCCACGCUCCCGCGGCGCACACCGCGCUCGCCGGCGCCUGUCCCGUUUUAGUGCUGAUGUGCGCAUUGCUGGCAUCCUGUUGUCGCCAGGCCUCUACACUUCUGCCGAAACUCGUUGCACACAUGAGGAUGCAACAACAACAGCAGCAGCAUUCAGCUACUGAAAUGAGAAAGCGACAAAUUGAAUUCGCCGCGUUGGCGCUGGCGAUGACUACAGCGCCCAAAUGCCGGGCUGCAAUAUCGGUGAUGUUAUUAAACGCGCGAAUGGUAGCGUGUGCUCUACUGCUCGGGAUAUUGCUGAUGCUGCAAUAUGCGUUGAAGCUCAACAGUCGAGGCAUGAACGUCUCCCCGCCGCCGGAAGAAAGCCAGCUGAGUGCGAAAAUGGCUGCAAAUAAAAUGGAAAAUGUUUACAUGCAACGGACAAUGUUGCCUCUAACGGCCGGUGGCAUGCUGCUGCAGAAGAGUCGCGGAGAGUUGCUGGUGCAAAGGCCAGCAACGCGCCACUCCUGUGGCUCGUGCCACUGCCGCUAUAAUACUAUCGUUGUGGCAAUCAGCGACGUCAGAACCAAUGCCGUAGAUAACAAUGCAACACUGUGGCAACUGUGGCGUGACGUGGCGCAAGAAAAUGCUGCUGACAAUAACAAUGGCCGACAUGCAAUAAUUCCAAUUUCAACUGUGCAACAGCAAUCGCCACAAUGCAACACCGUCAAUUACAAGUCGCCAAGUCUGGAGCGGCAACUUCAUUGUGUAUUGUGUUUCAUAAUAAGCAGCUUGAGGCUCAAAAGCAGCUGGUCUCGCCAAUCAUCAGGUGCCCUGCUCACCGCCAACACAAACGCACCCACUGAAAUACUGGACUCCCACGCCUGCUGCGAUCGCUUCAGCCCCCCUCUACAACCACGCUGGCGAUCGAGCCCAUGCUCCGCUUCGCAUUAAUAUAAACUCUCGGUAUUGCUUGAUAGCUUAGCUUUUUUACCGUAAUUUAAUGUUUAUUAUUGCAUGAUAUCAAAUUCAAGGAAUGUGUGUGAGGCAAAUGGAUGAUAGAUGAAUGAUGGAAUAGUUAAUGCAAUAACCGAGAUCCCCAAAUAGGUAAUGUCCCGGCCAAAUGUGUUACCGUUGUUUUUGCGAUAAUAAGGCUGUGCUGAAUUCAAAAAUAGUGAUUGUUCCACGAUCUUCUAAAAUACCAACAAAAAUGAAC